AUGCUAGCGAACAAAAAAAUGAGGUAAUUCAUAUUAGGUAGGUAUAUGUAUAAUCUCAAAAAGUUAAAAUUGGAUGGAGUUGCUUUAUAACUUUACCGGCCUCUCAGACGAGGUAUCUGUGUACUGCACCAAAAUUAUCUCGUCGAGGUACUUAUGCACUUAACCUCUAAGGCAGAUAAGGUUGUGGGGAGGAUCUGAACUACACAGUGUGUGGCAAAAUUCACUCGACUCGACACUUACACAACAAAAUACUUAUUCCUAAAAAUAUCGCCAAUACAAACCAUUGUUGUAUCAAUCUUUACAUUAAUCGAAAAAUAAAGCCUUCUUUUGAAAACGAAAGGCUUUUGUCUGAAAUUAUGCGCGUCAGUGUAAUGGAAUGUACUACGUUCGGUUAAUUGGAAAAACGCGAUGGGGGUGCGAGGUCAGUCGAGUGGUCUCCCUCCACUAAUAGGUAGUUGUACGAUACGAUCUCUAAGAGCGGGCAGUAGGGUUAGGUUGUUACGGGCGGCUGGUCAGGCGGCGACGGCCCCGGCGCGAUACGCCGUGCGUGCACAUCUUCAGCCGGUGUCAGCCACCACAUGCCCGAAUAGUCAACAUGGGCUGCACUAGCAGCACCCCCAAUAUGGUCACAGCCAGUGCGGAUCCCACAGAUAAAACGAUUCAUUUUUCCAAAUACAUCGAAGACCAAAGACAUAUUGACGAUACAGUGAACCUUAUUAAUGAUGGAAAUGAAACAAUCGAAAAGGUGCUUCCCCAGUGUGAUACUUUAGCCGAAUCCAUACAAUUAGAUAGGAAUAAUAAAUCUUUGAUAGAUACUCCGAAUGUUCAAGUCGAAAAAGUUUCAGAUUUAUACGCAAACGGGCAUGUGAUAGACGUAGAUAAUACUCAGGUAGACCAUCAUGAUUCGCAAGUCGAAGACAAGCUGUCCUCACUGGAAGACGUCGUAGAAAAAGUUGUAGAAUUGUAUAUUGCAGACAAUACGAUAGAAGACGAGAUAAAUAUUCCUAAAGAUUUGUUUGAACAAUCCAAAAAUGUGGAUCACAGUAGCGUUCUAAAGAAUGAUGAAACACCUACAAAUUUUGAACGAAUACCAACCGAUUCAGAGACGAAACCAUCUAUUAUCGACAUCGACGAAUUAAUUGAAGAAAAGGUAGAAGAGUCGCUCAGUCCUAGCCAAUCGACGAGCAGCCGCGCCACUAGAUGGGAGGCUCUGGCAGACAUUGCGGCUGAGCUGCCUCCACAGCUUGCAGUUGAUCCCCUCACCGGGCAAAUAUAUGCACUUUCCAAAUAAAAUCAAAUAAUCAAUA